AUGAGUAUUCCCUAUGUUCUUUCUCCACUGACGCAGGUUGAUGGAAACAAGGAAAAUUUAGAAACUGCAAAUCCAAUUAAGACAAUUAUGAAGCCUCAUUGUAACGGGAGGGUUUCUCACAACCUGAUACUCUAUGCUUUGGAUGGUUCUUUGGCUCAAAGCCAUGAAACUGAAAAUGGAGUUCAUCACCUCUUCAAAACCUUAUCUUCCUCCACCACCGCCUUCAGAGCAAGACGCUCUUCCUCUUCUUUUUCUUCUUCUCCGCUGCUUAUUCGCUCUUGUUCUUCCACCGCCACCGCUACUAAUCCCAACGCCCAUAAUCGUCGCUCAUCCUCCUCUUCUUCUUCUACUACUUCUAGUCCAGACUCAGUUCGAGUUAUUCGCUUGCAGAAGAUAGAAGAAUUGAGAAGCAAAGGGCUGGAACCGUAUGCAUAUAAGUGGGACAGGACUCACUCUGCUAAUCAGCUGCAAGAGACUUAUAAAAAUUUAGAAAAUGGCAAAGAAAUGAAUGGUGAGCAAGACAAUGUAUCAAUAGCCAGAAGAAUUGUGGCUCGUCGAGCAUUUGGAAAGCUUGCAUUUCUCACUCUAAGAGAUGAUUCUGGGACAAUUCAGAUUUAUUGUGAAAAGGCAAGAUUUUUAAGUGAUCAGUUUGACGAGCUUAAGAAUCUUGUUGAUAUUGGUGACAUACUUGGUGCAAGUGGCUCAAUUAAGCGAACUCAGAAAGGGGAGCUUUCUGUCUAUGUGAACUCUUUUGCAAUUCUUACAAAAUCUCUACUACCCUUGCCAGGCAAAUAUCAUGGUCUAACUCAUGUGGAUAAGCAUUACCGGCAACGGUACAUUGAUAUGAUUUCCAAUCCUGAAGUAGCUGAUGUAUUUUGGAAGAGAGCAAAGAUUGUAUCAGAGUUAUGCAAGACAGUGGAAUCUUUUGGAUUUCUCGAAGUUGAAACUCGAGUUCUACAGGUUUGUGGAUUUUCGAACCGUUUUAUGGUCAUAUGGUUCAUAUCAAGAUUUAGCAUUUCUAUAAUGGAAUUUGACUUUAUAGUUUGGCUGAGUUCUUAUGGAGCAGCUGGUGGAGCAGAAGCAAGACCAUUUGUUACCUACCAUAAUUCGCUAGGAAGAGAUCUUUAUUUGAGGAUAGCAACAGAGCUCCACUUGAAGAGGAUGCUGGUUGUAGUGCCUGGGGGCCGAGGGAAGCCAUCCAAAAUUGUUGACAAGGAUGAAGGUCUAGAAAAGUUUGAUGCUGCAAAAUUAACAAAGAUAAGACCAAGUUUCAAGCAGAACGAGGGCUCUGUUACUCCUGGAAAUGCUUCAAUCAUAAGGUUCCCACCUCUCUCUUUCCCCCCGCCGCCAAUGCUGAAAAAAAAAUUAUUAACUUAG